CGUGAUGCUUUUUCAGCUGCUUGCACGGCGGUCACACUAAUCGAAGCAUUUUCGUCCGCUCGUCACUUUUCUGCGUAAUUCUUUUCGUAUAAUUCAAUUAAACAUAAAUAAAUAAGCCUAAUUAUAAAUAUAUGAAAAACUAAAUUGAUAAUUACACGAAUUGAAGGCGGAAAACCGAAUCGAACGAGAGAAGCAAAACAAGCCAAAUCGGAAAACAGUAUGAAAAUGGUGUUGUCGCAGCGGCAGCGCGAGGAGCUUAACCAAGCGAUUGCCGAUUACCUGGGCUCAAAUGGCUACGCCGACUCAUUGGAGACCUUCCGCAAGGAGGCCGAUCUCAGCACAGAAGUGGAAAAGAAGUUUGGCGGACUGUUGGAGAAGAAAUGGACGUCCGUCAUCCGGCUGCAGAAGAAAGUGAUGGAACUAGAGGCUAAGCUCACUGAAGCUGAGAAAGAGGUCAUCGAGGGCGCGCCCACAAAGAACAAACGGACGCCUGGCGAGUGGAUACCACGGCCGCCAGAGAAGUUCUCCCUGACCGGUCAUCGUGCCAGCAUAACAAGGGUAAUUUUUCAUCCUAUCUUUGGUCUUAUGGUUUCCGCAUCCGAAGACGCCACCAUUAGGAUUUGGGACUUCGAAACCGGCGAGUACGAGCGCAGUCUGAAGGGACACACGGACUCGGUGCAGGAUGUGGCAUUCGAUGCCCAGGGCAAGCUUUUGGCUUCCUGCAGCGCGGACUUGUCCAUCAAAUUGUGGGAUUUCCAGCAGAGCUACGAGUGCAUCAAAACCAUGCAUGGUCACGAUCACAAUGUCUCGUCGGUGGCCUUUGUGCCGGCCGGAGAUUACGUUCUCUCUGCAUCACGGGACCGCACCAUUAAAAUGUGGGAGGUGGCCACAGGCUACUGUGUGAAAACCUACACAGGCCAUCGAGAGUGGGUGCGAAUGGUGCGAGUGCACAUCGAAGGCAGCAUCUUUGCCACAUGCUCAAAUGAUCAGACAAUACGUGUUUGGUUGACGAAUUCAAAAGACUGCAAGGUUGAAUUACGCGAUCAUGAGCAUACUGUGGAGUGCAUUGCCUGGGCGCCGGAAGCCGCAGCCUCUGCGAUAAACGAGGCAGCCGGAGCGGACAACAAGAAGGGUCAUCAUCAGGGCCCGUUCCUGGCCUCCGGCUCUCGCGACAAAACCAUUCGCAUUUGGGACGUGAGCGUUGGUCUGUGCCUGCUUACCCUGAGUGGCCAUGACAACUGGGUGCGUGGCCUGGCAUUCCAUCCUGGUGGCAAAUACUUGGUGUCGGCCAGCGAUGACAAGACCAUUCGGGUCUGGGACUUGCGCAACAAGCGAUGCAUGAAGACGCUAUACGCGCAUCAGCAUUUCUGCACCUCCAUAGAUUUUCACAAAGCGCAUCCGUACGUUAUUAGCGGUAGCGUAGAUCAAACAGUUAAGGUCUGGGAAUGUCGUUAAAUUAAGGAUAACUCGGCAAGGGUUCUGCUUACUUCUCAAUUUAAACAUAAAUAAAGCUAAUAUAUUAAAUCACAUACCCACACACCACGCCCACACACACACGAGCAGUCUCAGCCACCUCCGCGGAAGUUUAUUUUCCAGACGCUUUCUGUGUCAGCGUCCGAAAGCAAAAUGAACAUGUUGUAUUUUAAAACUGAAUGAAACUGGCGAAAACGAAUUAUUUAUUUAAUUGUACGACCUUCUAACUAAACUAACUACCUACCUACUAUACAAAGUACAUAAACAUAAUGCCUAAAAUAUACCUACAUACAAUUAUCGUUUAAAGUUAAAGCCCUCCUUUAUAAACCAGCACAGGCUCGCUAAACAAAACAGACAUCCUAACUUGAAUUUGUCGUAGAAUUCGAUGAGAAUGAAAGGUAUUUACAAUGGUAAACUGUAUUUCAUUCGACAGCUAGUUGUACCAUGUGGCGCAGAAAUGUUUUUCCAUCCACAAAUGUACCCGAGCACUCGCACUCACUUGAAAAAAUUCAAUGACGUUGAUGUGUUUUAGUGUUUGCAAUGUAUGCAUAAUAAUAGCUAAAUUCGCUGAAAAAAUAUAUAAGCAAAAAGUAUUUCAACAUCUAAGAAAACUUGUACUCACAAAGAGAAGUUUGUUAAUGAGAAUUACUUGAAGUGCAACAUGCUUUUUAUCAUAAUUGAGGUAGUUUUUACGAUAACAGUUUGCUUCUUUUAGCCGUAUGCACUUUACACAAUUCCUGUUUUGUGUUCUUUUUCGCGAAAGGAUCUUCAACAAAAACAAAAUACCUUUCAAAAUGCUUACAAAUUUAAGUUGGCUUUAAGUUCAAAAUAUAAUUUACUUUUACGGUUUACAUAGUAGAAAAAUGCUGCAAAUUUAUUUGUAAUUGUUUAUUUAAGAGCAACGGCAAAAAAUAUACCUAUAUAUAAAUAUACUAUAAAUAAUUAUUUGUGGAAAAACGAGAAAUCAUAUAGAUGUAUCUGGAAAAAAAAGCAAAAAAUCCAGCAAUUAAAAGAAACGAUUUUUCGGAUUCAAGAAAUCUAAUUAUUGAAAACAAUAAAAACUUGCUUCUUCAAGAAACCAGAAAAAA